AUGGACAGUGCACCGACGAAACCGCCAUCCAACCUCUUCCAGGUCUACUUGCGCCUGCGGCCCUCACCAGCCGGCUCGACCGCCUCCGACAAGUUCCUCUCUGUCGAGCGCGAGGACACGUCCGAACACCCGACGCACAUCAUCCUGAACUCGCCCAACGACCGCAAACGCUCCACCGAGAAGUUCGCCUUCACCCAGGUCUUCGAAGAAGAUGCCACCCAGCUCGACGUCUUCCAGUGCACCGGCGUCGCGCCCCUGAUCGAGGGCGUCCUGGCGCCUCACGGCGGCGUGGGCACCGAUGCCCUGCUCGCGACCCUCGGCGUCACCGGCUCGGGCAAGUCGCACACCAUUCUGGGUUCGCGGGCCCAGCGCGGCCUGACGCAGCUGUCGCUCGACGUCCUCUUUCGGGCCAUCGGCUUCAACAUGCUCGACGACGCCUCGUCGCCUGACCUCGACUCGUCCCUGCAGCUGUCCGACCCCUCUGAUGCCACCAUCGUUUCGGCACCCACCUUCCUCGAGACCGUCUAUGCCGACUUUGCUGGUCCCGCGCGCGCCGGCUCGCGCGCGCCGACGCCUAUGCUUGUAGGGCCCCCUCCUGCUUUCUUUGACGCCCCUCCUGCUUUCUUUGACGCCCCUGCUGCUUUCCUUGACGCCCCUGCUGCUUUCCUUGACGCCCCUCCUGCUUUCUUUGACACCCCUCGUCCGCACACCGCACCUCGCCGUGUCCCGUCCGGCCCUGGGCCCCCGACCGUUCGCGUCGUGCCCCCGACCCCGAACGCGCAAGGCCGAGUUCUGCCCACAUCCUCCUCCACACCCAUGCAUCUCCCCCCCAGCCCCCAGAAACACCUUCCCUCGCAGCACACACGCAGCCCCCAGAAACACCUUCCCUCGCAGCACACACGCAGCCCCCAGAAGCACUACAUGACCUGGACCACAGCCUCCAAGACAAAGAAGAAUCUGACCAAAUCUCCAAUCAAGGGCGAAUACCCCCCGCAGCAGACCCCUCGAAGACAUCUCCAACGCCCAUCUGCCGUCCCGCAGAUCCCCGACGUCAGCACCGUCCAUGUCUCCUCCGAUCCCAACGCCGAGUACGCCGUCGUUCUCUCCAUGUACGAAGUGUACAACGACAAGAUCUACGACCUCCUGACCCCGCCCAUUCGAUCCAACGCCACCAAGGAAUACCGCCGCCGCCCGUUGCUCUUCAAAUCUACAGAGCAAAGCGCCGACAGGAAGGUUGUCGCCGGGCUCAAGAAGAUUGUGUGCAAGAGCCUGCGUGAGGCCAUUCUCGUGCUCGAGGCCGGCCUGCACGAGCGACAGGUGGCUGGCACCGGCAGCAACAGCGUGUCGUCACGAAGCCACGGCUUCUUCUGCGUCGAAGUGCGGAAACGCACCAGGGGACAGAGAUCGUCCACCUGGACCGGCAGCACGCUGACAGUCGUCGAUCUGGCCGGCAGCGAGCGUGCGCGCGAUGCAAAGACCCAAGGCAGCACGCUCGCCGAGGCAGGCAAGAUCAACGAGAGUCUCAUGUACCUGGGACAGUGCCUCCAGGCGCAGAGCGGGCUGGGAAACACAAGCAAGCCGAGCGUCAUGCCAUUCCGCCAGUGCAAGAUGACCGAACUCCUGUUCAGCAACUCCUUCUCAACAACAUCGUCUUCGUACACUGCCCCCGUCGUCCCCCGUCGAAACGCGCAACGAGGCGUCAUGAUCGUCACCGCUGACGCCCACGGCGACGUGAACGCAACCUCCCAGAUCCUUCGCUACAGCGCGCUAGCUCGCGAGGUCACGAUACCUCGCAUCCCUAGCAUCACAUCCACGAUCCUCGCAGACAUGCCAACGGCAAACGCACACUCUGAAACUCUCUUGUCCGUCAACUCUGCAUCCUCUCAGCGGUCCUACUUCUCUCAACCAUCCGGCUCUCACCGCAACAUCUCCCCCAGCAGCCCGACGGAUGGCGACAGGUUCAUCAUGGAGCACGCCGCUCUCGAAAUUGCCCGCAUGCAGGAAGAGAUCAACAGCCUGCACCAGGAACUCGACGUCGAGCGCGAUGCGCGCGUCGCCGCCGAGGCACACUUGCUCAGCAUGGAAGACCGCAUGCUCGAGCUUGAGCAAACCAUCCGCGAGGACUGCGCCGCCGAGUACGAAUCACGGUAUGACCUCGAGGUGGCGCGUUGGAAGGCCACGAUGCAGGCCCAGCAGGAGCGCGGCGAAGAGCACUGGGAUCGCAAGAUGGAACUCUUUGAGCGCGGUCUUGGACCCCAUGACGAUGAUGACGAGGAAGGCGGCGAAGACAAGGAGAACGUUCUCGUCGAGAACCUGGCGCAGGAGAACGAGCGUCUUCGCCGCGAGAUGGGCGUGCUCAAGCGUGAGCUUGCUGGCCGGAGUCCGACGCGGAGGCAGCCUCUCCACGAGCGGGACGACUUUGGCAGCCGCAAGCCUGACGGCGGCACCGGAAGCCUGGGUCGCAAGAUGGAGCAGCUUCGCGUUAGCAACGCCAGCGUCUCGAGCGUCGCCAGCGGCGGCAGCCCCAAGAAGAUCAGGCGACUGCCGACGAAACGGUGGGAGGACGCUGACGACCUGGCGUAG